AUGCAUAGAGCUCAGCCACGUUGGCCUCAUCUUGUAGGGAGAAGUGCAGAAGAAGCGAUUGCAGUUAUUAGAAGAGAUACAGCGAAAUCGAUGGCUGCGCCACCACGUACUUGGCCUAACCUUGUUGGUAAAGAUGGCAAAGAAGCUGUGGAAAUCAUUAAAAAAGAUACCGGUUUUACCAAUGUUCAUACGAUUGAAGUAGGUAUGAAAGUGACCAUGGAUUAUCGAACAGAUCGAGUUCGAGUUCGUGUUGAUAAACAAGGCCAAGUCGCAUCAACACCAAUUGUUGGUUAA